CAGCCGCUCCUAAAGCCCAGCCGCUAUCUCGAACCGCUUUCAGACGACCUACGGCAAGCCUCCUCUAGACUCCACCUUUCCCGCUUCAUACGAGAUACCAUGCUCUUCCUAACAAGCUCCCACGCUGUGCCACCUCAGACUAGUCCCAAAUGCUUCUUGUCCGCGCUCGUCAUAUCUCACAAUACGAGGACUCUAGCUUUAGGUAGGGGGGACUACACAUACAAUAAGCAGCCACGCAUGAAUAUUUGAGUUAUGACGAAACUCCACCCGCCCUUGUCACAGCUGACAUUUCGGAAUUGCCUAGACCCUAGACUGAAAAUUCACCUUGGGUUAUGGCACCAUGUGCUGAUACCCCAAGGUUCGCUUUUGGUCCUGCGGUUUAAAAGGAUGGUUAUUCGGAGCUUUUCUGCAUAUGUAUACCUCUACCUGAAUCUCUAUUCUUCAUCUUAUCUCACAUCAUUUAAUCACUUUUCAUUGCAGGAACUAUGAAGCUCCUCAGUUUCGUUACGCUAGCGCUUUGCAGCAUUUCCAUUGUUGCAGCAUCAGUUGCUGAGCCUCAUCCUAUAAGGGCGGCCAAGAAACAUCACCACCAUCAGAGCAAUGAGAACACCCACGUUGCAUCACAGAACGCCCACAAGAGACCACCUGUGCUCCCACUGGCAACUGUGGAAGUCAACGGACAAACCAUUCAUGUCAAUACUUCUGGUGCUGUCGAUGUUGCUCCAGCCAAAAACCGCCCCCGCCUUGAAACCCUUCCCCGUGCAGUUGGAACUUCAGUGAGCAGCACCGUUCUCGUCAUUGCAAGAGACACGCUUUCGGCAUACUCUGGAUAUUCUGGACUCAGAGGCUAUGGUAUCCCUUACCAAAUUCUUACCGUCCCCCAAGCAGGCGUUGCUCUUCCGAGCCUCAACUCAUCUUUAACCGUUGGAAACUUCGGAGCCAUCGUUGUCCUUGGCGAAGUCAGCUACGAUUAUGGCGCAACAGGCUUCCAGAGCGCACUAACUGCUGCCCAAUGGGCCACCCUGUAUGGAUAUCAGUUGGCGUUUGGUGUACGCAUGGUUCGAAUCGAUGUCUACCCCGGCGCGGGUUCUGGCACCGUUGCUCUUGGCGGAUGCUGUGGCUCUGGGGUUGAACAAUUGGUCUCAUUGACAGACACUUCAGACUUUCCUACUGCUGGCCUUAAGACUGGAGCAGCUAUUUCUACAAUAGGAAUGUGGCACUAUCCCGCCAGCAUCGUCAAUUCGACCAUCGCCAAGCCAUUCCUUCAGUUCGCUCCUGCUAGUGGCUUCGCGGCAACAUCCACCGCUGCUGUCAUUAACAAUAUUGAUGGAAGGAAGCAAAUGGUAUUUUUCAUUCCAUUUGCUACGGAUUGGAACGCGGGAUCAAAUCUUUACCAACAUGCCUGGAUUCACUGGGCUACUCGAGGUCUCUAUGCUGGGUACCGCCGCAUCAAUUUCAACACCCAGAUUGAUGACAUGUUCCUUACCUCUGAUAUCUACAGUCCUGCCGGCAACACCUUCCGUAUUUCCACGAGUGAUCUUAAUACGCACAAGUCCUGGGUUCCAACCAUCAAUGCUAAACUCCCUGCUGGAAGCAGCUAUGCGCCCGAGAUUGGGCAUAACGGAAACGGAAAUAUUGAGACCUCUGAUGGCAACGGUAGAAAUUGUGGCAUUGGUCCUAUUGAGUACAACGACCAGAUUGAUACUGCUCUUGAGUUCCAAAAGCCGCUCGGCACCGGCACGAACCUGUGGCCAAGCACGCCAUUGAAAUACCCGUACACCACGACAUGCACUAAUGGUGAUACCCUUAAAACGUGGUUUGCAAGUACUUCUAACAGAGAUACCUUCUACCACAUUUCCCACACUUUUACUCACGAAGCAAUCAACAAUGCUACAUAUUUCGACGUCAACCAAGAAAUCACUUGGAACCAAGCCUGGCUCUCUCAAGUCGGCCUGUCGGGAAAUGCUGCAAGGUUCAGCCAGAAUGGUCUCAUCCCUCCUGCAAUUACAGGGUUGCACAAUGGCGAUGCACUCAGGGCAUUUAAAACGAACGGUAUCGUUAAUGUCGUUGGAGACAACACUCGCCCAGUAUUGAGGAACCAGAACAAUGAAUACUAUCCUCUAAUUACUACAGUCUCGGGCAACGGAUAUGAUGGGAUAACUGUCAUGCCUCGAUGGGCUACAAAUAUCUACUACAAUUGUGAUACUCCCAGUUGCACAGUUGCAGAAUGGAUUGCCACUUCGGCUGGAUCCGGUGAUUUUAACGCGCUCCUUGCUUUGGAGAAGAAUACCAAUACCCGCAAUCUGCUCGGCCUCCAUCACGAUCCGUUCAUGUUCCAUCAAGCCAAUCUGAGAGCGAAACAAGCCACCGUGACGAUCAACGGCGUAUCUGGCCAAUAUUCUCUCCUCCAGGCUUGGGUAGAGACGGUCCUAGGUGAAAUGAUCAGACUUGUCACAUGGCCAAUCAUCACCCUGAAGCAUGACACCCUCGCUGCAACUUUCAUGGAUCGCAUGACCCGUGAUGCUUGCAAUCCUCAAUUGAGAUAUACCAUCAACCCCACGGCAAACACUGUCACUGCUAUCACAGUCACUACCAACGGCAACACAUGCGCUAAGCCCAUCCCUGUGACGGUACCAAAUUCAGUUACUAGCACAUCUGGCCAUACGACCGAGCAAAUUGGCUCAGACCCCCUGACGAUUUGGGUGACGAUGGGAGGUUCUCCGGUCACAUUUACGCUCUCUACGCCUAUUCCAUUGUAAGCGCAGAUGGUGUCGAAAUCUCAAAAGACAAGGGCUACCAUUCAACAAG